AUGAGUGAUUCAGAAUCUUGGAAAGAAAUACCUUUAUUUGCACCAACUGAAGAAGAUUUAAAAGAUGUUAGAACUCAUAUUUUCAAGUUUAGUUCAAAAAAUGAGAUUACAUUUGAUAAAUUCCAAAGACCAGUAUAUAUGAGUAGGAAAGAUCCUAGAAAUAUAAGUUUUCAUCUAUCAAGAAAAGAACAGGAACAACGUAAGAAGGAAAGACAAGAAGAGGAAGAAGCCAGAAAAAGAGAACAAGAGGAAGCUCAACAAGAUCAACCACAAGAAGAACAAUCAAAACCCAAAUUAUCAAGUUCUGAUUCAGAAUUAAAUAAAGUAGCACCAGAUGGAGGAGCACGUAAAAACAAAAAGAGUUUAUUUAAACGUAAAACUAAACAAAUAAAUUUAAUGGAUGAAGCUAAAAGGAAACUACGUUAUGAAGAACAUUUUCCCUGGAUACUAGAAGAUUAUACUGGUGAUAAUGUAUUUACAUCAAGUUAUGAAGCCCCAUCAUCUGAACAAGCAUUAUUUGUAUUUGAUAAAAAUGGUUUCAAAUUAAUACCAGUUGAAAAAUCAUACAGAUUUGCACCAAGAAAUAGAUACGCCACUUUGACAAUAGAAGAAGCAGAGGCUAAAAUGAGUCAAAGUAAUAUUCCACGUUGGCUAAUGAAACAUAUGGAAGAAGAUUCGAUACAAGAAGGUACACCAGAUCAAAGAUUUAAAAAAAGUUUUCGUACAGCAAGUAAUAAUAUGAGGACAGUGACAGGUGGAGCAGUAAAUGAAAGAGAUUCAGAUCAUGAUGAUUUAGAUUAUGAUGAAGAAUUUGCAGAUGAUGAAGAAGCACCAAUUAUGGAUGGAGAUGAAGAAGAAAAUAAAUUAUCGGAAAGAAAAGUUAAAAAGGAAAUGUUAAAAGCUGCUCAUUUUAAUGCUGAAGAAGAAGCAGAUGAUGAUUUAGAUGACUUAUUUGAGACUGAAAAAGAAAGAAAAGUUGAUAAAGAAGGUAAAAAAUUAAGAAAAGUAUUAAAUAAAAGAGAAGGUGGCAUAUAUGACAGUGAUGAAGAUGAACAAAACGGUCAGCCCUAUUUAUCAAAAUCAGAUUUAGAAAGUGAUGAAGAAAGUGAGUCUGAAAUAAAAGUUAAAGCUGAACCAACCGAUGAAGCGUUAAUUCAACCAACAUACAAAAGGAAUAUAAUAGCAACUAAUGUAGGUGAUGGUUUUGUCAUCGUUAAAGCACCAAAAGACUUCUUGACUACUUUACCACCUGGGGAAUGGUUACCAAAUGGUAGAAAACCAGAUUUAUCAGUACCUAAUAAAAGAAUCAAAUUAGAACAAACACCAUCUAGAGAAGCUUCACCAUCACCAGCUCCAGCUCCACCAUCUUCAAGUGCUCCCGUGUCAGAUGACUUAAAUGACGCAGGUCCAGAUUCAUUAUUGGUUACAAUAAAAGAUGUUCUUGAUAUAGUUAAAGAUCGUCCAAUAACUACAAAGGAAUUAUUAGUUGGAUUAAAAAGUAGAGUCAGUGCUCAUCCAGAGAAUAAGCAACGUAUUAUAUCUAUUGUUAAACAAAAUUUGAAGUUAGUUGAUGGAAAAUUAGUACUCAAGGAAUAA